AUGUCAUAUAAACUCGCUAUUACAUCCAUGUCGCUCGGCCGGUGUUAUGCCGGCCACUCUUUUACCGCCAAGAUGGAUGCCGCCUACAAGUACGGCUAUCAGGGCAUCGAGCUCUUCCAUGAGGACCUGGCCGAUGUUGCGGAUAGCUUGUCCAAUGAGCCUCCGUCUCCCGCCGGCCCGUCCCAGCAGGCCCAGAUUAGAGCCGCCCGCCACAUCCUACAAGUCUGCCAGGCCCGGAACAUCGAAAUUCUCUGCCUCCAGCCCUUCAGUCACUACGACGGUUUGCUCGACCGCAAGGAGCACGCACGUCGCCUCGACCAGCUCAAAUUCUGGUUCCGCCUCGCCCGUGAGCUCAAGACCGACAUCAUCCAGAUCCCAGCCAGCUUUCUCCCCGCCAGCCAGGUGACCAGCGACAUCAACCUGAUUGUCUCAGACCUACGUAAAGUGGCUGAUAUGGGGCUCGACGCCAACCCGCCCAUUCGCUUUGCCUACGAGAGCCUCUGCUGGAGUACCCGUAUCAACACGUGGGAGAAAUGUUGGGAUGUCGUGCAGCGUGUCGAUCGCCCCAAUUUCGGCAUAUGCCUUGACACCUUCAACAUUGCCGGCCGCAUCUACGCCGACCCGACUCGCGCGUCAGGCAGGACCAUUGGGGCGGAGGAUCAAGUGCGCAGGUCGAUCGCCCGUUUGCUCAAAACGGUCGAUGUCAAGAAGGUUUUCUACGUCCAGGUCGUUGACGCCGAACGCCUAAGAAACCCAUUGCUACCCGGUCAUGCAUUCUACAACUCGGAGCAGCCAGCCCGGAUGAGCUGGUCACGCAACUGCCGGCUCUUUUACGGCGAACAAGACCGCGGCGCCUACCUCCCCGUCAAGGAACUUUCCCAUGCGCUUUUUCACGGCCUUGGCUUCGAGGGUUGGGUCAGCCUUGAGCUUUUCAAUCGCCGCAUGGCCGACGAGGGCCCUGAGGUGCCCGAGGAGCUGGCCAGGAGGGGCGCGGAGUCGUGGGCCAAGCUACAGAAGGACAUGAAGUUUGACAAGCGCCAGAGCGUUGUGGAGAGGGUAUAUGCGUCGCUGUAG